GCGAUAGUGAGCAAGAAACCGGUCCAGAAGCGGAUCGGGGACAUCCUGCUGCACAGCUGGUCAGAGAUCUGUGGCGGAGCCGAUGAAAGGGCCUGUUUGACCGGCAUCCCAGAGGAUAUGAAGGACUACUUCAUCGUCCAGUUCGGACAGCGGAUGAAGAAGACUUGCAGUGUUCUCUUUCGGACAGAUCUUAACCUGCCCACCCUGGUGGUGGUGCUGGAAGGCACCUUGACCAUCGGAGGGUUUCGCCAGCGAGUGCUCAAGGGGAGCACAGAGGCGGAAAAGGCAGCAGAGUUGGAUGCCUUGAAGGCACCGGAUGUCCAACGCAUCGUCAACAAGGACGGCUGGGUCGUCAAGCUGGAACCCGAAUCCAGCAUGGUGCUGCCUCCCGACACAGUGUUUUUCGAGAUCGCAGGUGAUGCAGAAGUGCACACAGUGCGGCAGUUGCUGGGGCGUGAAUGCUUCCUGCCCUGUACCAAGGAGUAUUUGAAGAAACUCGAGUCUGCAGGAAGUCUGCAGGACGGGAGCCGACUGCAGAGAAUGCUGGAGUAUUUGAAGAUGAACGGAGCCGGCUCGAGCUGA